ACACCAUUAUCCCAUUUAAUUCCACUCAUGAAGAUCCAAUCCAUCCUUGUUCAGCUCUUGAUGAUCAUUGCCUUCCUUCUCCAGUUGGAGGCCAUGGCCCAGCCUCACAAUCUAUGUGAAGCUGUGCUCGAUACCGACGGCAACGAGCUCCAACCGGGCAUUCCAUACUACAUUGUCUCCGCCAUUCGUGGUGGCCAUGGUGGUGGGUUAUCCAUUGGGAUACGGGCGAGAUCUAGCUCUCGCACCCCUAUCGUCAAACAACACUCUCAUGGCAUGAACUUUGGGUCACCCGUUAUCUUCUCUCCAUCGCCCUAUCCAUCGGGAAAGCCGGCCGGAAUUCAAUCUCUUAGGGAAGUCCCAAGCACUCCAUCUUCAUCCCAAGAGAUGACCAUCCACGAAUCGACCAACUUGAACAUCAAAUUCAUGGAAAUGCCAGGAGUAUGGCAGGUCAAUGAAUCGGGUCGGGAUAGGUACGUGACAUUGGAAGGCAAACCGGGUCAACCAGGUGAAUCGACAGUGAAGAACUGGUUCAAGUUCCAGCGGUUCGAUGAAUCGAGUCCUACAUAUCGGAUCAGAUACUGCCCCGGCGUGUGCCACUCAUGUCAUGUCACGUGUGGUGACAUUGGAAUUACGAAGGAGCAUGGGACCCGGUGGCUGUCGGUUUCGAAACGUGGAGAGUUCCCAUUCGUGUUUAUAAAAGCAAGUAAUUACAAUGAGGCUAACUAGAUUGACAAGAGUGGUAGUAGCACCCGCAGGUGUUGUUACAUAGCGUGCACAUGGUGAUUGGUGAAGUUUGGAUCAGGUUCUCGUAUCAGAAUGGUGUAUGGUAUUUGAUCCACAGUUGAAAUUCGUUCAAUAUUUCAGUCUAUUGUAAGGAGAGAGAGAGAGAGAGAGAGAGAGAGAGAGAGAGAGAGAGAGAGAGAGAGAGAGAGAUUAAAUGGAUUCUAAAUGUGGAUCAAACACUGUACAAGAAUGAUUCACAUGAGACGACUUGAUCCAGACUCUCAUUGGUGCCACUGAGCAAGACUAAUUAAUAAGGGCAGGCUGUGAAGAUUGGGUUAUGGGGGAAGGGAGAAGGGGUUGUUGGUUUAUAGGUUCUUUUUUUUUUUGGGUUAGGAGUUGGUUAAUAGUCGAUGACUCUGGUUUCUUAGGGUUCCGUAUGUUCACGAGGGAAAUAAAGAAAAGAAAGAAUGGAAAUCAAAUCAAAUCAAUAUUAAAGCACAAAGUUUU